AAAUGAGUGAAUAAUAAUCCUACGCAUACGUCAAACUACGACCGAUUUUGAAUCGAUUGGUUUCACACAAAAGAAUGAAUGAAUAGUCCAACCGGUACGAGAAACUACAACGAAAUGAAUCGAUUGUUCCCAUUCGGUUGUUCCCCUAGUGAACUGACGCGCUGCAGAAACACAAGCGUUGAUCUAUUGCGUUGGGUGGAACAGUUUGACUCUGGGCGGUUGUGUAUGUUAUUGGAGGUGUAAUACCGGUACACGUGUGCGCAAAACUUCUGCUUCACUGUACCUUUUGGGUACAUACUACACAAUGGAGCACCAAACAGAAGAGUUGUCGGAGAUGCUUACGUGUGUUUACCUCUCGGAUACUCACUACGCAGUUAACCACCAGAUGAAAGAGUUGUCAGACAUGCUUACAUGUCAGGUGUGCUGGGAAACUCUAACACACCCUAUUUACAGAUGCAAGUUUGAGCACUUGCUUUGCCCGAAGUGCUUUCCAACACUCAAAAAGUGUCCCUCGUGCCGAGAACAGCUGGAGCCUAACCUUCGCUCUCUUGCCAUGGAACGGUUAGCAGACUUAGUGCGGAUUCCAUGCGAGUACAGUGAUGUGGGCUGUCCCGAACUGCUCCAGCCGAAGGCCAAGCAGCACCACGAGGAGACGUGUGGCUUCGGGCCGGGUGCGAGUGUCGCUCAGUGUCCGCUGGUGUACUCGUGCUCUUGGUUGGGCAGUCUGGGAGCUAUCGAGCAGCACAUCCACGAUCACCACCAAGACGAGCUGUUCGUGACACUGGACGGUGCCUUCACUGCCGCCGCUUCUUCCACGGCUCUCCUCGAGUUCGACUCUGCCCUCUUCGUGUUGCGUGCCGAAUCUGUCACGGUGGCAGACUUCACGUCACACUUCGUGCACGUGGGCCACGUGGCACAGGGUUUGCGUGCUGCAGGAGCUCGGUACCGUUUCAAAGUCAGACAGGAACCGGAUGGGGCAUUCUACAAAGGACACGUGUCUGACUACCGACAGUCGCUGCAGGAACUGGCAGCCGCUGGCGGCUGCCUCUCGUUUGUCACUCAAGUUGAUAAGCUCGACGAGGUCUCCUACUCGGGUGCAAUCAAAAAACUUCCUUUCCAGAUUUUAAUAGAGUAAUGUGUAAUAAGUUGUAUAUACUCCAGGUUUCUUUUUAAACAGUGAUUAAUUUUAUGUAAGCCAAAAUCAGUCCUUUUUUUUUUUAAAUGUAGAGUUCUGUGCAUUGAUGUAUUUCUUUAACUUUCUUGCUUUUGAAAUAAAUAAAAGUUAAAUUGGAA